UGAAGGAAGCUCGGCUGAUCAUGGGCUCAUAGCUCUCCAUAGAAAAGGGUGACAGUCUCGGGUUGAAUUUCGUGGGUUGCAGGUUGCUAGCAAGCUGAAGUCGACCGCAAGAUUGUCUAAAACGGGAAGAAGAGUUGAUUGCGAACAAGACUGUAGUUUGAGCCAUAAUGGAACAAGCAGUUGGUGGUGAGUCAAAGAGAGGCCAGGUCACUGGGACACAUUUGGGAAAAGACAUUUCCAAAGCUAAGAAGUGCACGGUGAUUGGAGGCUCUGGGUUCCUGGGGCAGCACAUGGUGGAACAGUUGCUGGCACGAGGCUAUGCUGUCAAUGUAUUUGAUAUCCGCCAAGGGUUUGAUAACCCCCAGGUGCAGUUCUUUAUAGGUGAUCUCUGCAGCCGACAGGACCUGUACCCAGCUCUGGAAGGUGUAAGCACAGUUUUCCACUGUGCGUCACCCUCACCAUCUGGUGACAACAAGGAACUCUUUUAUAGAGUGAAUUUCAUUGGCACCAAGAAUGUCAUUGAAACCUGCAAAGAGGCUGGGGUUCAGAAACUCAUUUUAACCAGCAGUGCCAGUGUUGUCUUUGAGGGUGUUGACAUAAAAAAUGGAACUGAAGACCUCCCUUACGCCAUGAAGCCCAUUGACUACUACACAGAGACCAAGAUCUUGCAGGAGAGAGUAGUACUGGAUGCCAACGACCCUGAGAAGAAUUUCUUAACCACAGCCAUUCGUCCUCAUGGCAUUUUUGGCCCAAGGGACCCGCAGUUAGUCCCCAUCCUAAUUGAUGCGGCUAGAAAGGGCAAAAUGAAGUUCAUGAUUGGAAAUGGGGAGAACCUGGUUGACUUCACCUUUGUGGAGAACGUGGUUCAUGGACAUAUCUUGGCAGCUGAGCACCUUUCCCAAGAUCCAGCUCUGGGUGGGAAGGCAUUUCACAUUACCAACGAUGAGCCAAUCCCUUUCUGGACGUUCCUGUCCCGCAUUCUGACAGGCCUCAAUUAUGAGGCCCCCAAGUACCACAUCCCCUACUGGGUGGCCUACUACCUCGCUUUCCUGCUAUCUCUGCUGGUAAUGGUGAUCAGUCCUCUCAUCCAAAUCCAGCCGACUUUUACACCAAUGCGGGUGGCACUGGCUGGCACAUUCCACUACUACAGUUGUGAGAAAGCCAAAAAGCUCAUUGGGUACCAGCCACUGGUCACCAUGGAUGACGCCGUGGAAAGGACUGUGCAGAGUUUUCACCACCUGCGGAAGGACAAGUGACGUGCCCCAGUGCCCUCACCAAUAACUUUUUCCUCUCUGUUCUGAUGAACCAAUAUCCUUAAGUGAGUUUCUUCUGAGCUAUGUGCCCCUUGCUGGUUAGAUGGUAGCAUACCUGACCCUUUUCAUGAAAAAAGUGACAACAACAGGAAACAUUUCUUCCAGGAUAGCAUUGGACUUCUUAAAGCAGACAGACACAUAAUCUACUACUUUGGUCUUUCUCUCUCCCUCCCCCUACUUAUCUCUUGUAGUUGGAAGCUUUCCUGUCCUGACAAUCCGCUCUUCUCCUGGCAGCUGCUUCCAAAUUGCCACACAGAGACUUAAUAUUUAUAACUGCUCAGCCAAUAGCUCAGGCUUGUUACUAACUAGGUCAACUUAACUCUUUUCUAUUAAUCCAUGUACUGCCCUGAGGCUCAUGGCCUUUACCUCUAACCCAUUUUGUGUGUCCAAUUUGUUCUUCAUCUGGUUCCAGACUCCUCUGACUCUGCCCUUCUUCAUCCCAGAAUUCUCAGUUUGGCUUUCCCACCUAACUUUAUCCUAUUCAGCUAUUGGCCAGUCAGCUUGUUUAUUAAAAUAAUCACAGCGACAAAUCUUCACAGUGUACAAGAGGGUUUUCCACAGCACUGUCUCCUGUGUUCAUUAUCAUAAAGACAACCCUGAGUAUACCAGCAUUAAAAUGAAAACCACAAGACUUUGUUCAAGGUCUUAAAAAUUGAAGCAAAGUCAGAAAUUGUAAACACGGAGUAAGCCUUCAGACAUACAUUUCAUAUGAUCACAGUAGAAUAGUUAGAAGUAUUGCUGACUGUAACCCCCAAUCCCCAAUCCUUAAGGAUAAAUCCACUCCUGGUUCCUUGCUGCCUUGCAUGCUGUCAGGGUCUCUUUAAAAAUGGUUUCAGUGUCUGCCUCCAUUGUUUAACCACAAAACAUUUCCCUUUAUCCACAGAAUCUGGUAGUGAUCUUUAGUUGUCAGUAGUGAUGUGAUGAAGUGUGUGCUAAUGUGGUACAUUGUGUGCUGUGUUAGCUGGUCAGCUCCUAAUAACAUGGGAUAUUGGACUGGUUGACAAUGAGCUGGAGAGAGUAGCCUUCUUCAUCUCCAUGAUGUUUGAGUAGAAACUCCUUCAUGAGAUGAUGCAGAAUGGGCUACAGACAUCCUAGCAGCUCACCUCAAAGAACAUAUCAGGCCAUCUUCCAAAAAGAGUACAGCCCAUCUAACAAUCCAGCAUUUUCUGUUCUCUGAACUCAUUAAAAUGUAUUCCUGAAGAAUUCUAACUUCUUCAUCACUAUUUAAGGGUAGGAAGGCAACUGGGGGAAAAUACAAUAAAGGUAUAAAAGCCAUACCGUUUGUGUUGCUGGCUUAUUAGCUCUGCCUGGGGAGAGACCAUGCUGAGCUGCCAAGGCAUUCAGAUAUAAAUGUAAAUAAGAUGCCAUCUUUGCCCAUGAGGCUUACAGUAAUGAAAUUAUAUUCAUAAACCCCUGAAGUAUGAUAAAAAUGUAUGCAUUUAUACACUUAUGUAAGACAAAGUAAAGUUACAUGGUUUCUGCAGAACAGGUGAUGCACUGAGGUUGGACUUGAAGGAUGUAGAAAUGGUCACUGAUGCAGACCCAUCAAUUGGUAUUUCAGACUAAAGAGAUCAAUCUCAUAGUCAACAGCUUUCAGCAGCAUGUUGUGUUUCUUGACCAUAUAUGAAAUAAUAGUGUAUCUUGCACUUACUGGUAUAACUUCAGUUUAGUAGAGGACACAAGUGGGAAGGCUAGUUUGGGAAACAGUAGGACAUUGGUCAGGCUGAAGCAGGAGGCAGGGAAUAACCUUUAUUCUGUAGGUCUGGACAGCCUAUGGUGGUUCAUAACAAUUAAGGAUUUACUCAGUGGAGGGCAAAGAUCAAGAAAAUCCUGACUGCUCUCCAUGAGUUAAAACUGAACACUUAGUGGACGUACUUAGAAAGGAAUCAGAAUUCAGCACAGAGAGGAAAGAUGUACCUUAGAUGGGAACAAAGUUUAGGAGUUGCUCAGAACUGCUGGAUGAGAAGGCAAUAGACCUAGCUAGCAAACACUGAGAACCACAUGCCUUAAAAGUCCCUUGAAAAUGUUAACAACUAUUGGGCCAGAGAUGUCCCUUGUCAAGCUCAAUUGCCCAAUGCAUUCUUCCUUCUAUUUUGUAAGCCUUCUGUCACUGUGACAAAAUACCUGUUAUAAACAACUUGAAAACAGGAAAUGUUUUAGAGAACUUAUUCUAUGGUUGGUUGGCUCUGUUGCUUUUGGGACUGUGGUGCCCUAUCCUGCCACGCCCACGACGGUGUCACCCCCGUGACAAAUGCCUUGGAUGAGGCGGUUACGUGGGAAAGGGGGGCUCGUGGCCCUCGGGUCUAUGCCCCCGGCGACCCCUUAUCAAUCUUCCCGAAUCAUGGUGCCAGGCUACACGGAACCACGCAAAAUCUGCUUGCAGACGCUGGCUGGCACUCUGCUUUUUUCUCUUUGCAGCUGUGACUAUUGCUGUUUCCUUGUGUAUUGAUUUCAGGGAGUUAGCUCUCAAUGUUUCUGAUGUGCUCCAUAAAGAGAAUAUUGAUUCCUCAAAAGUGGCCUCAAUACCCCCACCUAUAUUUCAAGCUUUUAGGCAAACAGUUAAAGAGAGUCCUAGAAGUUUGGGGGAAUUUAUGAAUGAUUUAGAGCAAAAAGAACUUAUGACUCAGAGGGACAAAGAUUCUAGCGAGGAGAGAUGAAAGUAAAAGUCCAGGAACUCAUAAGCAAUCCACACGUGCAGCCAACAGCAGCUGCAAGGAAGCAGUUGCAGGAACUAACCAGUCCUACAAGAAUUAUCAAGGGACAAAUAGAGUUUCUCAUCAAGGGCCGGUGGUGGCAACCCCCUAACUUUAAUCCUAGAUAUAAUAAUUAUUUGGAGCCAUUGCCCUUUAUGGGAGCUUAUGAUAAACAUGGGAACCAAUGGGUGAAUCAUAAUAGUAUGAAAACAGAAUGGCAUAAGUUACAGUUCAUGGAAAGAAUAGCUAGGUCCCAACCCCCCUGGUGCCUUCUCACCUGCAGGCAAAGGUUAAAUAUUUUCACACAAAUGAAACCAUGGUUAGAAUGAUGGUAGGAAGGGUUUUUGAUACAAAACAAAGGUCUAAUAAUUACGUAGAAGGAAAACUUCAGCUAGGGCCGUAAUGUUCUCUAUCUGGAUGAGGGACCACAAAAGAGGAAAUAACACCUGUACUCAUGAGAUCUAUUAAUCAUUCUGAGAAAAUUGUGUGACCACAUUGUUAAUUCUAUGUCUAUCGCCCCACUGGCCGAUUGCCAUGUUUCCUCAAAUGAAUGUAUAAAAAACACUGCUUGAUCUGAGUAAAAUUGCAGCAGUUUCACAGCA